AAGAUUUUUAUGCAGAAGAAUCAAAUUUCAAAACCAUAUGUUUUUUGAGAUUUUUUAAAUUGCACACCGGCUAUGGUAAAGUUUAAGGAACGCUUAAAAACAAUAUAUGAUGAUUUUUAUUUGGGCAAAGAUCUUUUGAUUUUAUACCCACAUUUUAUUGAGGAGUUCUUUUUGAUCAAGGCAAAUUCUAAGAUAUUUGAGGAAAAAGGUAGAUUGUUAAGUUACGAUGAAUUGAUUAAUCUGAAAGAAAAUUUUAAAAAUUUAAUUAAUUAUUGUAUAAUGGUAUUAAAAGAGGAUCAUCAGAUAAAAAUUUUCAAUUCAUUAUUGACACUUUUUGGAAUUUUCAAAAUUAUACAACAUGUUGAUAUAUUAGAUACAUCCAACCCACCUUUUUUAUCAUUAUUCUUUGAUAUGAAUGCUUCCAAUUUAAAUAUUAUUCAAGAAUUAAUUAUAAAUAUUGAGAAUUUAUUUCACAAGAAUAACAUCAUAUCACCUAUAUAUCAACUUUCAUUCAAGAUAAUUAUUUCGAUAUUAACAAUUGUUGAAAAAUUGAAUGAUAAUCAAUUGAUUGAAUAUUUUUCAACCCAAAACAUUUUUGAAACAUUAUUCUCAAUGAUAAUAGAUCAGACCAAUUAUUUAGAUGACAUAAUUUUGAUAUUGGUACUUCUUUUCAAUUAUAAAAAGUAUAUGAAUCCACCUAACCCUUACAUAAUGAAGCUUUCGAUCAUCGACGAACAAUCAAGUCUAAACAGAUACGGAUCAUACGUUGCCGUCACGCUGGACACCUUUAACAAAAACUUUUCGGAGAAUAAGAACCGCCUAAACAAGAAUCACGCCAAUCAUUCUAACGAGAGGGAACAACUCGAAAAUAAAAGUUCGGGAAAUUGGUACUACGGAUUAUGGAAUUCCUUGCGAAUAUCACCCACAGCUUAUCAAUCUGAUCUCGACGCUCGCGAUAUAUCGGGAGAGCAUAGCUAUAGAAUUUCUAACGAUGAAUCCAGUAGUAUAGCUCUCUUGGCCUUUUACGAAGCCGUUUAUUCUAAUAGGAGUUUUAUAACCACUCUGACCCACUCUCAUUUAGAUAUGGAUCAUGACUGCCACGUUGUAGAGACUCACGCGAAUCCCAACAAUAUUCCAAUUAAUACCCUAAACCAAUCAACCAAUAAACAUCGAAUAGCCAAUAAUGGCUCAAGAGAUAAUCUACAAAUUAACGAUGAUUUGGCCAAAGUUAAUAAUUCUUACGCUAAAGAAUUAAUUGGAGGUAUCAACUCCACUCAACCCAAGAAUCUGGUCACCAUAUUUUUGGAAUACACCUCUAUCAUGUUCUUGAAUGUUAAAGAAAAUUUUGAUCGUUGCAAGUUAUGCUGUCUCAUAUUGACCUGCUUAAGUGAAGAUCAUUAUUCCAAUUCCUUGAUGCACGAUUUAAAUCUUAAUUUUACUGUCAAUUUACAUAGAAAGCCAUUACUUCAUAGGAGAAAACUCAAUCAAAACGGAACUCUAUCCCCUAGACCAUUAAUAUGCUUUUUAUUAGAUUUAUUGUCCGAAUUUCUCAUGUGCCACCUCAUGAAGAAUUUUCCCCACGAAUUAUACAGCAUAUGUUUAGGUAUCGUACACAGGGUUCUAUGUUACCAAAAAAGAGCCAAGUGUCGUUUGCCUUACGAAUGGAAUCAAUUGUGGUCUGCACUCUUCACUACCCUCAAAUUCUUGAUUUCCAAACAAAAUUUUUUCCGUUUAUGCCAAAACGAUUCAAACAAUUCAGAAAAAUUAGAUGAUACUGGAACCAUCCAAUAUUUUUAUUUACCACUGAUAAAUCAAAUUAUCACGAUAUUUAACUUCUUUAUCACUUUCGGCGACAAUUUUCUUCCUAGCCCCCAAAUCUACGAUCAACUUUACUACGAAAUGGUUAGGAUGCACGAAAUUUUCGAUAACACCCAAAAUUUACUCAAUAAGGUGCUAUCCGAUCAAGACAACACACACAAAGAUUUAGCCUUUGAAUUAUCCAAUUCAUUCGUUAAUAUCAACGCUAUCAUUAUCCACUUUCGCUCGAAGAUUAAUUUCGUUUCCGAUCGUAAUAAUAUCCAAUCUUUUUCUCCCGAACAAGUAUUAGAAAUAAUAAGGUGCAAUUACGAUAGCCUAACGCUUAAAUUGCAUCAAAAUUUGUACGUUUAUCCCAAAUACAACGAGGAAAAUGAAUCAGCAUUCAUGGAAAAAAUAGUUAAUACCAUGCUAGUUCUGGCGAAAGACGCGAAUAAAAAGCCGCUGGAGAUCGAUUAUUUUCAAAUCUUGAAGCUCUUAUCCUGAAAGAAAAAAAAGAAAAAGAAAUCAUCAUAUUUUGUUUGAUAUAUUUCAUUCAUUUUGAUAUUUAUAGGGGAAAAAAAAACAUAAUAUAUUAUAUUCACUUUUGUAAACGAUGUUUUUUUAUAGGAAAAAUAUAGCUAUGAUUGUUUCAUUAUUGUUGUCAGCUGUUUAUAUAAUAUUUUUAUUUUUCGAAAUACUUAUUUGGAUAUUUUGAUAUAUAAUUUUGGGCAGGUGUAAAAUA